AUGGCCGACUUUUCAGAUAACGAUCGACCAAGAAAGAGAGCGCGUCUCAGCGAAUCUACAGCCAGUACUGAGUCACCGCCGAAGGAUGAGUACAGUUGGGACUGGCCUGCCGACCUCGAUCAAUCAACUGGCAAGACCAUCAGCCCCCACCCCUCGCACGCAACAAAGGCAAAGAAAAGCAGCAACAAGAAAACUCAANCAACCACAGAACCUUCGCCAUUCCAACUCACCAAGAUUCGUGACUUGCCAGCCUCAGCCAAUGUCGACACUGUCACCCUCUCGGACAUACUCGGAGAUCCCAUGAUCAAGGAGCAAUGGCAGUUCAACUUUCUGCUGGACAUCGACUUCAUCAUGGGUCACCUCGAUGAGGACGUACGUGAUACGGUGCAAACAAAAAUCAUUCAUGGCUUUCACGACAAGACUAGCCUUUCUCGUAUAAACCUCGAGGCUACCGCAAAGAGGUAUCCCAAUGUCGAAACAAUGCAUAUUUGGUUACCUGCCUAUGGCACCCACCACUCCAAGAUGAUGAUUCUCAUCAGACAUGACGACACUGCACAAGUCAUCAUCCACACAGCCAACAUGAUCUCCCAAGACUGGACGAACCUCAGUCAGGCAGUUUGGCGAUCACCGCUACUCCCUCUGUCUACUGCACAUGACGACACAUUGGAGGCUCCCAUAGGCUCUGGCACUCGAUUCAAGCAAGAGCUUCUCAACUACCUGGAAGCUUACAAGAGCAAGUUCAGGGAUCCCACCCGUUUGCUAGUUAACCAGCUUAAGAAAUACGACUUCUCCUCUAUCAAGGCUGCUCUUGUUGCGAGUGUGCCAGGCAAGCAGCAAGUCAGCACGAACUCCACUACUACCAGCAAACAGAGUCUAUGGGGCUGGCCAGGCCUAGAGCGAGUCCUCAAGAAAGUUUCAAUGAAUGCAUCAGCAAGCAAAGCUCAGAUCAACGUCCAAAUAUCCUCGAUCGGUACUCUGUAUGAAAAGUGGUUGGACGGCUUCUUCGACGUCCUGGGAAAAAUGACUGCUGGACAGCAACCCAAGGCCAAGAAACCACUGGUUCGGGUCAUCUUUCCUACAGCUGACGAGAUUCGACGCUCGCUGGACGGCUACCAAUCCGGGAGCUCGAUCCAUAUGAAGCUGAAUUCAGUGGUGCAGCAGAAACAGUUGGAACACAUGAAGCCUCAUCUGUGCACUUGGGCGGGCGACACGAAUGGAGACCAGCAUGGAGUGCGUCAAGCAGGUCGUCGCCGUGCGGCACCACACAUCAAAACAUUUAUCAGAUUCUCCGAUACCGACUGCAACAAGAUCGACUGGACCCUGGUGACAUCGGCAAACCUGUCGAAACAGGCUUGGGGUGAGAUGGCAAACAAGAAUGGAGAGGUCAGCACCUCGAGCUUCGAGAUUGGAGUCCUCGUAUGCCCACAGUGGCUUGUCGGCGAGGGAGAGAAGGCUACGAUGGUGCCUGUAUUCAAGGCAAACAGGCCUGAAGUGGAUGCGUUGGAGGGUGUCGACAAAGUGGUUGGUAUCCGGAUGCCAUACGACCUGCCGCUGACACCCUAUGCUGAGGAUGAGGUGCCAUGGUGUGCAGAGAGAACGCACNGAGAACCCGACUGGAAAGGCAUCGUGUGGCAAACAUACAACCCGAGGACGUGA